UCAUAUCGUUUAAAUACUUUGACGUUAAUAGUAAAAUGACAGUUUCGACAGAAACUUUGCUAAAGGGAUGACUGCCCCUUUAAGAGCGGCGACCAGCUGCUCAGCGCCCAAUCGCGGCGCGUAAACUGAACUUUGUUGUUGUCAGCAACUAAGAGCUAACUGUUAGCUAGCGUUAGCCGGACACCGAGCUAAAGAGGCGAUAUCUUGCACCCCAUUCGUCCCAAUAACGGAGGAAAGCACGGUAACAUUUAGCUUGGACAGCUACGAACGUAAACAAGUCGCUUCCAUCAGGAUUUCGCCUCCGAUAUCAACAAAAAUGACAUCUGCGCUGUCUGAUCCAACCCUAGAAAGACAUUUCAAGGGUCACAGGGACACCGUAACAAGUGUGGACUUCAGCUGCAACAUGAAACAAAUUGCCACAGGCUCCAUGGAUUCCUGUGUGAUGAUCUGGAACAUGAAACCUCAGAUGCGAGCGUAUCGUUUUGAUGGACACAAAGACGCCGUCCUUUCCGUCCACUUUUCCCCAUCAGGCCAUCUGGUGGCCUCUGCCUCCAGAGACAAGACUGUACGUCUUUGGGUGCCAAGCAUGAAGGCUGAGUCAACAGUAUUCAGGGCUCACACUGCCACUGUGCGCAGUGUUAACUUUUCUGGUGACGGACAGACUCUGGUCACGGCCUCUGAUGACAAGACAAUUAAAGUGUGGACAACACACAGGCAAAAGUUCCUCUUCUCUCUCAACCAGCACAUCAACUGGGUCCGCUGUGCCAAGUUUUCUCCAGACGAUCGCUUGAUUGUGUCAUCCAGUGAUGAUAAGACCAUAAAGCUGUGGGACAAAAACAGCAGAGAGUGCAUUCAUUCUUUCUAUGAACAUGCAGGUUAUGCAAACUAUGUGGACUUUCAUCCCAGUGGAACAUGUAUUGCUGCAGCUAGUACUGACAACUCUGUCAAGGUGUGGGACAUCAGAUCACAUAAGAUGCUACAGCACUACCAAGUUCACAGCGGUGUGGUGAACAGUUUGUCUUUCCACCCAGCUGGUAAUUUCCUAAUCACUGCAUCCAGCGAUUCCACAAUGAAAGUCCUGGACCUCGUAGAGGGCAAGCUGCUGUAUACACUGCACGGUCACCAGGUGCUUCUGGGAAACCAUUCCUCACCCAAACCAGCCUGUCUGGGUGCCAGCCACAGGACACAGCUCCUUUUUUCUUCUCAGCAGACUCCCUGUCCGUUUCUUUGCCAGCACUCGUUUGUUCUUUGCUUCAUCCCCUCUUUGAACGCAUUCACGGGGCUCAGGCUGAGAUCGUUGACCCCAUUCUGCAUUGUGAGGGUCCAGUCACCUGUGUGGCCUUCUCUAGAACAGGGGAGUACUUUUCCUCUGGAGGCUCUGAUGAACAGUUCACAGACACCAACGGCUACUUCCACAACUCACUUCCCCCUUAAUUCGCAUACAUCUGUGUUACGUAGCAAGACCUCUGAUCCAGCUCAGCAUUUUAAAAGGCAGGACUCUCAAACUGCUGCCCACACUCAGAGCUACAGACAGAUUGGCAUCCAGAGCAGAGCAUCUCAUUCCCAUGCCAAUGGAAGCCUCAGCAUCAGUUCCUCCACUGCCCAUCAGACACAAACACAGAGUUUACCGCAGCAUUCACCCCAGGGUCAAGCACAGUCCCAUGCUUCAGAUGGAGGGGUCCCACCUGGUCUAGCCAACACCCUGGAACACAUUAUAGGCCAACUGGAUAUUCUCACUCAGACGGUUUCGAUCUUGGAGCAGCGGCUGACGCUGACGGAGGAUAAGCUCAAGGAGUGUUUGGAGAACCAAAUGGAAAUCGGUCUACAUCUCCAGAGAAGCGAGGAGGCUUAACGUUAGUGGUACCAGAGACACAUUGAUCUGUGUUGUUGGAGGGGGGAAGUGUGGUUGCAUCAACACCAUACACCGUUGCCAUUUGAUCACACUGAAAGCAAGGACUGAACCUUAAAUGCACACUGAGCCUUCCCGCUGAUGUACUGUGUCUGGCUGUGUUGAAAAGAGAUAUGAGAAGUGAAGGAGUUGAAUAUUAGAAAAGUUUCAGUACAGCAGUGCUGAGCAUGCAGUCGCUUUCCUGCUGACAAAAAGACCCCACUUUACCGCUGUGACACACUGUGUGCGAUUGAGCGUAAUGGCUGCCUGUACAGGUGUUGACACUUGUGCACAGUGUGUAUGUUUUUACCCAGUCUAUAUUGUGCAGGAGGCCAUUAGCCACUGGGGGUUUUUUUUUUCACCGAAAAGUGCAUAUUUGUGUAAACAUCAGUCAUAUUUGUCAUUUUUGAAAGGAAGGAUGUGGCUCAAUGAUCCUGUUGCGUUAAGACAGUUACUCAAGACGUUUGUUCUCUGGUAACGUUUACAGAGCCCCCACAGUGCCUUUAUUUAGUUUAAGGUGAGAGAAUGUUUCCAGCUGACAAGCUUGAGGCCAUUUUUAUUACUAUUUCUAUUUUAAUUACACAAUGCAUCUGGUGAUAGGUUUUGUUUUUUGUUUUUUUUACUGAAAUUACCAUUCUUUAGUGCCUCCAGCAAGUACUGAAAGAUAACAGGUUGUUGAUUUUCAUGGUGACUAUAAAUGAUGCCAGACCUCAUAUUUUAUGUUAAAGUAAUGCUGCUUUUUACAUUGGUUCUUUUUGUUCUGUCAAUAAAACUUUUAUCCACUGAAAA